GAAGAAAUAAUCCCAUUAGAUAUGGCACCAGAUUCAGUUGAUGACCGUUAUGAUGGCUGUACAAAGGAGAUGAAAAACCUAGUGAGUGAAAAAUAUCUAAAUAAAGAAACUUGUUCUGACAUAUCUGAAUUCGGAGAAGCUUAUAUUUAUAGUACAGAAGAAAUCCCUGGACCACAUAAAUUGAAAAUGCACCAUUUAAUUGCCAUUUAUGUGUAUACUGGUCAUGUACUAUUUGAACGGUUCAAUCGUGAUGUUAGGACUGGCAGACAGAAAUACAAAGACAAGACAUACAAAUGGUAUUCACUUCACUUUUUGCUGACUGAAGCGAUACAGAUUCUUAAGAAAACACAAAAGGGAUGCAAAUUAACUUAUCGUGGUACCAAACUUAGUAAUGAGAAUGUUCUGAACAGAGAGAUUCGUUUUGGGUCAUUUGUGUCCACCUCUUGUACAUCUAAAGUAGCAAUGAAAUUUGGAACUGAAUCUUGUUUUGAAAUCAUAACUUGUGAAGGUGCUGAUGUGUCAAAAUACUCACCGUUACCUAAUGAGAAAGAGGUGCUGAUUCCCCCGUAUGAGACAUUUAAAGUCACUGAUGUAAAGAAGAGAGGACAGAAAGGUGUCUGGUGUAACACUGUGUUCAAGUUGAAGAGCACUGGGAUAAAAAGUAACUUAAACUGUGCACUGGCAUCAGUCGAGCGCAAGAAAUAUCACAAUGUGACAAAUAUCAGAUAUCACAAUUAUCUCUGACUGAUCUGCCUUCACAACUUCAUUCUCUUUUUUAUAUUAAGUGUUGACACAACUUGCCAAAUAAAAAGUAUUGCUCUGAAAUACUUUAUUCUGAUUGGUCAGUGGUGACACAAUAACAACCAAUAAAAUGUAUACGGCUUAUGCCUAUGUUUAAUGUAUCACUUUACUGUCUCUGUUCUGGUUUAAAUUUGUUACAAAUGAGCUAAUAAAAUAUUUGAAAUCAA